GAUUCUUGAUUCUUCCAUCAUUAUAAUUCUGAUUUCUCUUUUUGGGCGAAUACACAAGAAAAAUUUAGUCGGUCUCAUAACAAUCAAUGACAAAGUUAGUGAUAAAUUUAGUAAAGAGAUAAAAAGUGAGAAGUACGAGGUUACUUGGCAAUUUCUACAAAAACAAUACUUAUAAGCGACCGUAUUUUUUUAGAAUUCAACAUAAGCCACCGUACUUUAUAAACUUCCACUGCCCCCAAAAAGUUUUGUCUCUUUAUCAAUGGAAGGAGAACAAGAAGAGUCUACGAUGCGAAAGAGAAGACAUCCAUCUCAAGAAGAAGUGGCUAGGAACGUGGCUACGAGGAAGCCAUACAGAGGAAUACGGAGGAGGAAGUGGGGUAAGUGGGUGGCUGAGAUUCGUGAGCCUAACAAACGCUCACGUCUUUGGCUCGGCUCUUACACAACCGAUGUCGCCGCCGCUAGAGCCUACGACGUCGCAGUCUUUUACCUCCGUGGUCCCUCCGCACGCCUCAACUUCCCUGAUCUUCUCUUACAAGAAGAGGACCACCGAUCAGCCGCAGCUGCCGCCGACAUGCCCGCCGCUCUUAUAAGGGAAAAAGCGGCGGAGGUUGGCGCUAGAGUCGACGCUCUCCUCACUUCUGCUUCUAAGUCACCGCCUCCUCCGACGGCUAAGUCCUCUCUGUCGGUAAUAAAACCCGAUUUGAAUCAAAUACCCGAAUCCGGAGAUAUAUAGUCAAGAGACUGAGAAGUACACACAAUAUAUGUAGUUUGUUUUGGUUUGUUUAGAAGAUUACAUUUACUACAUAUACGAUACAUACAAGAAUACAUGAAGAUAUAGGUAUGUAUACAUGCAUAAGUAUUAUAUAUGAAUCAACAAAUUGUUAUAGACUUUUAUUAGUUCCCCGGAGACAAACCCGGCUAAGAGCAAUCCUUGAGAAGCGAGUUUUAGUUCAAGUUGUAAUACUAUGUACAUUAAUUUUUAGGUAAUUUUGUUUAAGAAUUUGUAGUUCGUUUCCUCUUACUAGUUUAUUAAUAUUUGAACUCCAAAUUUUGAUAUUAUAAGCUUGAUGUAAUCUUUGGAUCCGUAAUCCCAAUAAUGCUUAUUUACGUUA